AUUGCGCACACACAUCCAGAGGUUUGCGGGAAUGUGGCCACCAAAUCAGUGCCUGUCAGGGCUCGAAACCGGUUUGAAUAUCUUCACGGAACGAAAUUUCGAGACAGAUGUCUUCAGGAAGCUAGAAUUUAAGGUGUCGACCGGAGAUAACUUGGUGGUUUGCGAAAAUGAAGCUUGUGGCAAUAUGCUCGUCGUUGUUGUUAAUAUGGCUGCUGGCGUUCAAGGUUCCUUGUAUUGGUGCGGAUCUCAAAUGUUACCUUUGUUGGUCAAAUAAAUCUUGGGAGGACUGUGAAAAGACAGAAUACCUUCGCGAUUGUGUAACUGAUCACGAUGAAGUCUGCAUUAGACAACAUCAAGUGACAAACGAUGACAGCUCAGACGAAGGAUACAAAGAAGUUUAUAUGAAAAUGUGCGGUCAAGCGAGACUGUGUUCUGUCAAAGAUUGCGAGAAGAGCAGUACAACUUGCCAAAUUGACUGUUGUCAUAGCGACAGCUGUAACACCGCGACAAAACGAGCAGCUAAUGUGAAGAGCACACUGCUUGGAAGUGUGCUGGUAAUUUUGAUGUUUCUUCUACAAUUCAAUUGUGUUCUGUGAGUGUUUAGCCUUGUCAACCACCUUACAACUGACAAAGAGUUUUAAAAACCAACAAACACAAAUCAAUUCGCAAUAGUACGGAAUAAGUUCAACAUAACUUUCACUUACACGGGUAUCACUGCGUUUGACCUGCACCGCUUAAGCGAUAGGUCCCGAUGGACUUAAACCAAAACGGGUCUGUGACGCGCAAUGAUACGGGAUAAGUCCCCAAUUGUGUUAAAACAAAACGGGUCUGUGACCUGCAAUGAUACGGGAUAAGUCCCCAAUAGCUUUAUAACAAAACGGGUCUGUGAUCCGCAAUGAUACGGGAUAAUUCCCCAAUUGCUUGACCCGCAAUGACACGGGAUACGUCCCCAAUUGCUUUAUAAAAAAAACGGGUCUGUGACCCGCAAUGAUUCGGGAUAAGUCCCAAAUUGCCAUGGGCUCUAAACAACAUUUGCAAUGAUCGUACGAAACCGGAACUGAUAUACUUCACGGAUAAUUAUGCCAGCAAUCUUGUGAAUUAACCUGAUAAAAUAUCAAUGAAAAAUUAAAAAAAAAAGACAUUUUAAGAGAAAUUUCUGAUCCCAUAACAUAGGUUUCAUUGACUUGAAUCACAAUUAUCCAUGUCACUUUUCGACACUGACUAAAUUUUGUAAAGAUAUAUUUUUACAGUUUCCAUCAUUUGUGAAAUGUUUAUACAAUUAAGGGACACUGUAUACUUAAAAAUCAAAACAUUUUUGUACAAUAGUCAUCGAGAUUAACACUGCCAAAUACCUCUUAUGUACUUGAGAAAUAAAAUAAAACGAAUCUUCUGGUUA